AUGACGAUGUCCACGCAAAGGUGGCCAGAGCAGAGUUUUGCUCUUCUGCAGCUGUUUCUGUGGGUGUCUUUCUCUCUAACACAGGAGCCACUGUGCAGGCAGAUAGGGGAUCCGGAAAUCCCCCAGCUGUCCAGAGACGGGGACAUUAUUCUGGGGGGCAUAUUCUAUUUUCACAGCAGCUGGAAGAGCAGAGAAAAUAAUUAUACUCAAAAACCACUACCACUGGAAUGCAUCAGAGAGUUCCAGUUUGCUCAGGCGAUGCUUUUUGCCAUCGAGGAAGUGAACAACAGCACAGAGCUGCUUCCUGGGAUUUCUCUGGGCUACAAAAUCUACGACACUUGUGGCGCCAUUACCAGAAGCAUAAAGGUUGCUCUUGCAUUGAACGACGGCGAUGAAAGUGUGUCUUUGGCCUCCGAGGGUCAAUGCUCCAGACCGGUGCAGGUCCAGGCCGUGAUGGGGGAAACCUCGUCCUCUCCCAGCACCGCCCUGGCCACUGUCAUUGGAGCAUUCCAUAUACCGCAGAUCAGCCAUUUUGCCACAUGUGCUUGUCUCAGUGAUAAAACAAAGUAUCCAUCGUUUCUAAGAACAAUACCCAGUGACUACUAUCAGAGCAGAGCUCUGGCUCAUCUGGUCAAGCAUUUUGGCUGGACUUGGGUCGGAGCCGUCAGAACCAACGACGACUAUGGCAACAACGGCAUGGCGACAUUCACAGAGACUGCAGAGCAGUUUGGCAUCUGUGUGGAAUAUUCUGUCUCUUUCUUCAGAAUGGAUCCCUCUGAAAAAAUACAAAAGAUCAUUAAAACAGUGAAGGAGUCAACUGCAAAAGUGAUCGUUGCUUUUCUGUCGCACAGAGACAUGGAAGUACUUAUACAUGAGAUGUCCGACCACAACCUGACAGGGUAUCAGUGGGUCGGCAGUGAGUCCUGGAUCUUUGAUUCGCAAAUUGCAGCAAUGGAUAAAAAACACAUACUGGACGGAGCGAUUGGUCUUUCCAUCCCCAAAGCGCAAGUCGGCGGUCUUAGAGAGUUUAUACUGGACGUGAAACCGCUCAUUUCGUCUAAUAAUGAGCUGUUCACAACUUUCUGGGAGGCAUUAUUUCAAUGUAAGUUCAAGAAGGCACAGUUGACGGAAUUUCAGAAAGAGUGUACAGGAAAGGAAGAUCUGACUGGAGUGGAGAACAGCUUCACUGACAUGUCCCUCAUGCCCAUUUUUAACAAUGUGUAUAAGGGAGUGUAUGCAGUGGCUCAUGCUCUGCACAAUGUCCUGAGCUGUAACAAAACAUGUGACAACAAUGUGCAGCUUGAUCCAUACACGAUUUUGCAGCACAUCCAAAAGAUUCGCUUCAAGACAAAAGAAGGGAACGAGGUUUACUUUAACGAGAACGGAGAUCCAGCUGCAAAGUACGAAAUUAUAAACUGGCAGCCAAGAGAAAACGACAUUGUGAGCUUUGUGACGGUUGGUGUUUAUGAUGCGUCAUUUCCUGCAGGCACACAGCUAAACUUUCAAAAUACGUCCAUAACCUGGACACAGAGCUCACCACAGGUGCCGGUGUCAGUCUGCAGUGAAAAAUGUCCCCCAGGAACUCGUAAGGUCCUCCAGAAAGGAAAGCCUGUGUGCUGCUACGACUGCAUAAGAUGUGCCGAAGGAGAAAUCAGCAACAGUACAGAUGCUGUUUCCUGUGUGAGAUGUCCCCACGAGUCCUGGUCGAAUGCGAGGAGAGAUGCGUGUGUAAAGAAGGAGGCUGAGUUUCUGUCAUUUGAAGAACUUAUGGGAAUCCUGCUGACCUCUGCAGCUUUACUUGGAACGUCCCUAACUGCGGCUGUGGCGUUUAUUUUCUACAGACACAGGAAAACUGCUCUUGUCAGAGCAAACAACUCUGAGCUGAGCUUCCUGCUCCUUUUCUCCUUGACCCUGUGUUUCCUCUGCUCUCUGACCUUUAUCGGUCGGCCCUCUGACUGGUCCUGCAUGCUGCGGCACACGGCGUUCGGCAUCACCUUCGUCCUCUGCAUCUCCUGUGUCCUGGGGAAAACGAUGGUGGUCUUAAUGGCGUUCAAAGCCACACUUCCUGGCAGAAAUGUGAUGAAGUGUUUUGGGCCUACGCAGCAGAGGCUGAGCGUUCUGGGUUUUACUCUUGUUCAAGUGAUCAUCUGCAUCCUCUGGUUAAGCGUCUCUCCUCCUUUUCUAUCCAAGAAUUUCAAAGAAUUUAAAGACAAAAUCAUCUUGGAGUGUUCUCUCGGCUCAGCUGUGGGUUUCUGGUCCGUGCUCGGCUACAUUGGACUUCUCGCCUUGUUGUGUUUCACUUUUGCUUUUUUGGCUCGUAAACUACCGGACAAUUUCAACGAAGCCAAAUUCAUCACCUUCAGCAUGCUGAUAUUCUGCGCGGUGUGGAUCGCUUUCAUCCCGGCGUACGUCAGCUCGCCUGGAAAAUUUAGUGUUGCUGUAGAAAUCUUUGCUAUCCUCGCCUCUAGUUUUGGAUUGCUGAUUUGCAUCUUCAUCCCAAAAUGCUACGUCAUGUUGCUAAAACCAGAGAAAAACACAAAAAAGAACAUGAUGGGGAACCGGGUCCCAAGAGAAUUCUGAGUAAACAGACAAUGCAGAGGCUUAAUAUUGAAAUCAUUAUUUUUUUUAAAAUAGUCAUAUUGUUAUAAUUCUAUAUCUGUAUUAGUUAUUCAGCAUAUUGAAGGCUCAAUACAUACA